UCUGCUCUUCUCCCUCUUCUUGUAGCGGCCAGGACAUGUCCGUACUGCCAGGCGUGACCCUGUAGGUCACAGGUGUCCCGGCACCUGAGCUGGUGAACCACCGGCGGAUUGAGGGUGCUGACCCCAACCGUGCCAGCCCUCGGGACCGCUCGUCCUGCAGGGGCCAGUGGCAGAGUAGCAGUCGGUGCCCACAGGUGUCCCGUGUCACCCACUGCCACCAGCCCUUCCGGAUAAGGUGGUGCUGGCAGGAGGGUCUCUAGUGCAGGCGCACUGGCUGGCUCGGUGUUGGCACGCUGUGGUUUGCUCUGUGCAGAGCUAUUGGGCACCGCAGUUCAAAGCGGCCGUGGCCGUCGCAGGGAGCCGUGGAACGGCAGCUCCGGGAGAGGAGCCGGGCGCUGCCGGCCGGGCUCCGUGAGGCGCCGUGCUCUCGCCAGGCUCCUGCUGUGUGGAGAUGCUGCCGCUGCCACACGGGGCUGCUGCUGAUCUCGGUCUGCUCCACUGGCAGCGUGGCGUGAGUGCAGAUGGAGAGAGAGGAGAAGUCGGCUAGGAGGGUGUUUGCCAGCCAGGCACGGCACGGAGAGCAGCCAGCUGCCUGUGAAUCCACCUGGGAAAGAAACCUCUGUGCCAGUGCCAGGGCGAGAGCUUCGGCUGCGAGAGCAGCGUCGGCAGGCUGUCACCCCCAUGGGGCUGCUCUCUGCUCUGAGUCACUGCUCUGUAUGGGAGGGAACUGCCCACGGUACCUGUCCCGUGCCCCUAAAGGCUCUUGGGCUUUCAUCCUGUUUGCAGAGAGGGGUGAGUAAUGGCCGAGGAAUUUUGACGAGCUGGCAAAACUCAUUUGGCCGACUGCCUUCUCCUGUUCGCGCUGCCGGUCUAGCCAGCCCUGCAUUUCCAUCCAGCAGAUCCUGUGUGAGUCAAAGCAAGCCCUUCCUCUCUGUGCCGUGCAUACACUGCUGCUGUCUUCACUGGAUUGUGAAGCAGAAGAAAACCAAACUAGAGACUAGUUAGGAGCACUGCUGGUGCUGCAGAGCAAUGCUUGACUGCAGAGAGAUGUGAGAGAUGGGAGCUGUUGCUGUUGGGGAUCUGGCUGCUGAGUUUGCUGUGUCGUGCUGGGAGCUGGGGGAGGCUGGCUCUGGUGCAGGAGAGGUGCUCCGGGACUGUCACUAGCUCAUCCAUUGCCCUGACUCUUGCCCUUGGAGGAAAAUAGUCAUGGGGGAAACGGGGAAAGAAGAGUACAAAAUACAGUCCUUCGACUCCGAGACUCAGAAGCUGCUGAAAACAGCCCUCAAAGAUCCCAGUAAUGUGGACCUGGAGAAAGUGGCCAAUAUUAUAGUGGACCAGUCCCUCAAGGACUCUGUGUUCAGCAAGGAGGCUGGGCGCAUCUGCUACACCAUCAUCCAGGCAGAGAGCAAACAAGUUGGCCAGAGCAUCUUCCGGAGGAGCCUGCUGAACCGGCUGCAGCAGGAGUACAAGGACAGGGAGGAGCUGCGCACCCGCUCACUCCAGGCCUGGAUCUGUUACGUCACCUUCAUCUGCAACAUCUUUGACUACCUGAGGGUGAACAAUAUGCCCAUGAUGGCUCUGGUGAACCCUGUGUAUGACUGCCUGUUCAGGCUGGCACAGCCCGACAGCCUGCAGAAGGAGGAGGAGGUGGACUGCUUGGUCCUGCAGCUCCACCGCAUUGGUGAGCAGCUGGAGAAGAUGAAUUCCCAGCGGAUGGACGAGCUCUUCUCCCUCCUCCGAGAUGGCUUCCUUCUGCAGGAGGGGCUCAGCUCCCUGUCCCAGCUCCUGCUGCUGGAGAUCAUUGAGUUCCGGGCUGCUGACUGGAAGAUGACGGAUGCUGCCCAGAAAUAUUAUUACAGCGAAGUGACAGAUUAACCUCCUGCAGCAGAGGAGUCCCCAGCACCUUCACCAGCAAGCUUCGUACCAAGUUGGAAUUUUUCACAUUAAUUUUCUAGCACUUCCUGUAAACAGGAUUUCUACUGGCUAGAGCCUCUCUGCACCUACUGUCAGAUGCAGCUGGUCCUAGUCUGACUUUGGAGGUUCAGAACAGAGGGAAGGACACACUUCACCC